CUGAGUAUUCAAGCCUACAGGCCUCAUUGAACCUAAUAAAGAUAAAAUUGGACUGUUCUCUAUAGGUCUCUACCCCUCCCGCUCGCGUAUUUACAUUUACAAUUUUCGAGAGUCUUGAAGCCUUGAACUCGAGUUCUUGAAUAUUACACCUGGUAGUUGUCGGCUUUCGGGCCGUCUAUUUCCCAAUCCGUACAUCGCCUCCACCUACUGUCGUCAAGGCAUCAGCGUGUCAGUGCCAGCCAAUUCUGCUCCCCACCACCACGAUCUGGUCAUGUCCUUUUUCAAUCGAAAUCGUGCGCCUCCGCGUUCAAAGCGUUCACCGACUCCAACACGGCAACUCAGCCGAAAGGACUCUGCUGGCUCCGAGCCACCCUCACCUGGCGUCCCGAGCGGGCCCAAACCUCUGUAUCUCUCACGCCCGUUUGCCGAUGCUGCUCUCGUUAAGGGCAACUUCAAGACCAUUGUCAUGCAACCCAAGUACGUCGAUCCGAAUGAAUGGGUUGCGGUCAACAUCUACGACUUCUAUACGAAUCUGAACGAGUUCUACGGGGUCUUGACGGAGUGUUGCACUCAGCAGAGCUGUCCUACCAUGUCCGGUGGUCCGACAUUGAACUACUUGUGGGUGCAAGACAGGAAGAAAGUGACCUUGUCUGCCCCGACAUACAUCGACUUCGUCAUGUCCACCGUGCAGAACUUGAUCGCCGACGAGAAUGUGUUCCCCACCAAAUCAAGUCAGCCUUUCGAUAAAGACACCUUCCCUGCCACGGUGAAACAGGUCUACACCCAACUCCUGCGAGUCUUUGCACACUUGUACCAUGCGCACUAUUCCGCAAUUCUCCAUCUUCGAGCCGAACCUCACUUCAACUCCCUCUUUGCACAUUUUCUCGCCUUUGGCACUCAAUACGGGCUAUUCGAUGAGCGAGAUAUUCGUGGUGAACCUGGUGCGGCCGUCGGUGUGGGCAUGCUCUGGGAGCGCUGGAAGAGCGUGGGGAUCCUAGAAGGGUGAGGAUCACUUUCGAGGCGUGUAUUGACUGGGACAUGUACAUUAACGGGAUCGGACGGAAUGCAAUUUCUC